AUGCCGAAGAAUCCCAAUCUUGCCUACGAGGCAAACGAGCCUGCUUUUCUCGCAAAGCUCCGAGGCCAAUAUGGAAGCAGUGAAGGUCGCCUGGAGCGACCUGCCAUGCGACCUCGCAAAGCCAAGGAUCCCAAAGACGAAGAGGACGACGAACCGGUCUACGUGGAUGAGGAAAGCAACGAGGUGAUAUCUAAAGAGGAAUACAAAGCUCUAGUCAAGGGCGAUGAGUCGGAGGAUGACUCGACGGCCAAGAAAACAUCAACUGCCGAUAACCAGGACGAAACAAAGCCUCAACCCGAUACCGCCGCCUCAAAACAGAGCAAUUUGACCGAGAUUGGAGGUCAGAAAAAGCGAAAGCAAGCGAAGGUGGUGGGUGAGGACAGUAAGCCUGAGCCCGAGGAGACACAACCGAAGGAGAUACAACCCAAGACUGCAGCUGCGCGGAAACCCAAGAAGGCGAAGAAGAUUAAACUCUCCUUCGAUGAAGAGUGA